AUGAUGGCAGAACAGGAAAAGCCACAGAAGCGGGUGAGGUUCCGCUUGGCUUCGGGGAACAGCGGCAGGGUGCUGAAGGAGAUGUUCAAGGAUGAGGGGCCCUCAGACUCCCUGGAUUCAGACUGCACCAGCAGCUCUGAUGCUGAGCGGGCUAGUACCCCCUCUACAAAUGGAGAUGCACAUGGAUACCUGGGCUCCGAGCUGGAUGAUAGUGAGAGUGAGCCUGAUGAUCUGCUCUUGUAUGCUGGGGCCACCAAGGACUGGAUGUUCACAACCAAGAGGAUUAACAUACUCAGUAAAAAUGGGACUGUGAGAGGGGUCAAGCACAAAGUCAGCGCAGGUCAGACACUGUUUGAAAACCUUCCCAAUUCCAACAGUUUAUCUCUUGAGUUUGGGCGGAUAGUGAUCUACACAACAAGCUUUCGUGUGGUCAGGACAACCUUUGAGCGCUGCGAGCUGGUCAGAAAGAUUUUCCAGAACCACAGGGUGAAAUUUGUAGAGAAGAACAUUGCCCUGGACAGCGAGUAUGGAAAAGAGCUAGAGGAGCGGUGCAAGCGUGUGGGAGAACCUCCUUCUUUACCAGUUGUGUUCAUUGAUGGACACUAUCUUGGGGGAGCUGAGAAAAUACUCAGCAUGAAUGAAUCAGGAGAGCUUCAAGAUCUUCUGACAAAAAUUGAGAGGGUACAGCAUCCCCAGAUGUGCCAGACCUGUGGGGGCUUUGCCUUCAUCCCAUGCCUAAUGUGCCAUGGCAGCAAGAUGUCCGUGUUUCGCAACUGCUUCACGGAUUCCUUCAAAGCCCUCAAGUGCACUUCCUGCAAUGAGAACGGCCUGCAGCCUUGUGUGAGCUGCAGCCAGUGAAGAUGUCAAGUGCCUGACCCAA